AUCGCCAUUGGAAACCGUUGUGUCAACAAAACUUUUUUGUUUACGAAUGUCGUGUGUCGAGAAAUUCAAAGUCAAUUUGAAUUUGCCAUGUGAAAAGUGUGAGGAACUUGGAAAAUAUCGUGUAUUUUAUUAGUUUGUGAUGGGUAAUUGUAUGGCGAGCGUUUUCCGGCGGCGGCGUGUUCGCCGUCAUAUAGUUUUGAUUUUGAUCGGCCUGGACAACGCUGGGAAGACGAAGACUGUAAAUAACCUGGCCGGCGAGAGAGACGACAAGGUUCUGCCCACAGUGGGCUUUAAGGCUGUGAAUUUAAUACAUAAAGAUACACCUGUGACUAUAUACGACCUUGGGGGAGGGCCACAUUUUCGCCAGAUAUGGUCUCAGUACUACAGCGAGGUACAUGGUGUGAUAUUUGUUAUCGACUCGAGCGAUUUUUCACGGUUGGACGAAUGCAGAGUUGUGUUGGAAGAGGUUUUAUCGCACGACAAAAUAUCAGGUAAACCGGUUCUGGUGCUGGCGAACAAACAGGACAAGACUGGAGCUCUAGACGACAUAGAUGUGGUCGAAAAACUCAACAUUGAACCUUUGGUGAACAAAUACCGCUGCCCAACCCUCGUGGAAUCCUACAGCGCACAGACCCUAGAACAGUCCAAAAAAGCCAAAAUUGACCCCGGACUCCGCAAGGGCUACCAAUGGCUCCUAAACUACAUCAUACGGCGUUACGGCGACAUAAACUUACGAGUGCAAACCGACAUACACGCUGACUUAGAGCGCCGUAAGCGAAUGAUGACCAAAGCCUCCAAUAGAGCCUCCCAGACCUUUACGGCAGUCAGCGAUGACAUAGCAACGCAAACGGGCUUCGAAAACCCGAAUUUCGAUCCCAAAUCGCCGGACAUUGACAAUAUAGAGCGUGAGAAAGAUCUGGAACGCGGUGUUAUUAUAGUAAAGCCUAUAACGAACAGCGUUGAUACUACUAUGACUAUAGAAAGCAUGGAUUCUGAUAAUACUAGUGCCAAGCCGAAGCUGUCGCCUUUGUUUGGACGAGCCAGUAAUAGCACGGUUGAGACGGUAAGGAUAGAAUUGGAGUCGAGGAAUGAGUAUAGGAAGCUCUCUCCGAUCGUGAGGAAGAAGUCUGGGAAUCAACACAUCGAUUUUAUGAACAGACCGCAGUCCAGCCCCACUUUUAAGAAGAAUUCUAAUAAGACGGAUUCAACCAGCAAAAACUCCUCGUACGUGGAGGAUGAAUCCAAAGAGCAGUACCCGGCCAUGGAUCGCAAUGCCACCUGGGACGGGACGGUAACGAAGCACCGCGUCUUGGUCAACGACGUUGAACUCUCACAGAUGCACCGGGAGAUCGUGCUGACUGAACGGGACUACACCAGCAAGACGGCUUCUUCAGAAGUGGUGCUGCACGCGUCCACGCUGCCGCUGAGCGCGCGGCCCGCGUCGGCGUCGCAGCUGGUGCGGCGCCAGCUGGAGAUCUCCGCGCAGCACAAGCGCCGGCUGAGCUUGCGAUACUACACCAGCAAGCCGGCCUCCUCGGAGGUGGUGCUGCCCGCGUCCACGCUGCCGCUGAGCGCGCGGCCCGCGUCGGCGUCGCAGCUGGUGCGGCGCCAGCUGGAGGUCUCCGCGCAGCACAAGCGCCGGCUGAGCUUGCGAUACUACACCAGCAAGCCGGCCUCCUCGGAGGUGGUGCUGCACGCGUCCACGCUGCCGCUGAGCGCGCGGCCCGCGUCGGCGUCGCAGCUGGUGCGGCGCCAGCUGGAGAUCUCCGCGCAGCACAAGCGCCGGCUGAGCUUGCGAUACUACACCAGCAAGCCGGCCUCCUCGGAGGUGGUGCUGCCCGCGUCCACGCUGCCGCUGAGCGCGCGGCCCGCGUCGGCGUCGCAGCUGGUGCGGCGCCAGCUGGAGGUCUCCGCGCAGCACAAGCGCCGGCUGAGCUUGCGAUACUACACCAGCAAGCCGGCCUCUUCAGAGGUGGUGCUGCACGCGUCGACGCUGCCGCUGAGCGCGCGGCCCGCGUCGGCGUCGCAGCUGGUGCGGCGCCAGCUGGAGGUCUCCGCGCAGCACAAGCGCCGGCUGAGCUUGCGAUGUGAGUACUGA